AUGAAGAGCCUGCUCUUGACUUUCGUGCUUCUGGGGCUGGUGGCUGUCCUGAAGGCCCAAGAAGUUCCAUCAGAUGACCGGGAGGAUUACUCUGGGAUCUGGUAUCCAAAGGCCAUGAUACACAACGGCAGCCUAUCCAGUCACAACAUCCCCUCGAAGGUUUUCCCUGUGAAGGUAACAGCCCUGGAAGGAGGAGACAUGGAGUCCGAUGUUAUAUUCUGGAAGAACGGUCAGUGCCAUAACGUUAAAAUCCUGAUGAAGAAAACGGAUGAACCUGGCAAAUUCACCUCCUUUGACGAUAAGAGGUCCAUCUACAUCACAAAGCUGCCGGUGAAGGAUCACUAUGUCAUCUACUGUGAAGGCCAUUUCCCUGGGAAGUUGCUUGGCGUGGGAAAGCUCAUCGGGAGAAACCCUGAGCCAAACCCAGAGGCCAUGGAAGAAUUUAAGAAAUUUGUACAGCGUAAGGGACUCAAAGAGGAAAACAUCAUUGUACGAGAGUUGAAUGAAUGGGGGACUUAUCUCUCUUCUGUCUUCACAGCAGCUACCCAGGUCUGCACCUGCUGA